AGAAGCUCACCACAGGCUGCACCGCUGGCACAAUGCAGGCCCUACUAUUCCUGAUGGCUCUUCUCUUGCCUUCUGGAGCUGGAGCUGAGGAGAUUAUCGGUGGUGUGGAGUCUAUUCCUCACUCCCGCCCUUACAUGGCCCUUCUGAAGAUCGUCACUGAAGAAGGUCAUGUGACCUUCUGUGGUGGGUUUCUCAUAAGCCAUCUAUUUGUGAUGACUGCUGCACACUGCAGAGGAAAAGAAAUUACUGUCAUCCUUGGAGCUCAUGACAUGAGCAAGAGAGAAUCCACACAGCAAAAGAUAAAAGUUGAAAAGCAAAUCUUUUAUCCAAAGUACAAUUUUUUUUCCAAUUUCCAUGACAUCAUGUUACUGAAGCUUGAAGAGAAAGCAGUGUUGACUCCUACUGUGAAUGUAAUUCCCCUGCCUCAGUCCUCUGACUUUAUCAAGCCUGGGAAAAUGUGCUGGGCAGCUGGUUGGGGACGAACUGGAGUGACAGAACCGACCUCAGAUACACUGAGGGAGGUGAAACUGAGAAUCAUGGAAAAGAAGGCAUGUUGGUACUUUUGGCAUUAUGACAAUAGAUUCCAGAUCUGCGUGGGGAGUCCUGAAAUGUUGAAAUUAACAUACAAGGAAGACUCUGGAGGACCUCUAGUGUGUGCUGGAGUAGCCCAUGGUAUUGUAUCUCAUGGCCGUGGAAGAGGGAAGCCCCCUAUAAUCUUCACCCGAAUCUCCUCAUAUGUGCCUUGGAUUGAUACAGUUAUCAAAGGAAAUUAGCUGAAAAACCUGAUGAACCUGAGUCAGAGUCUCCAAUCCAGAGCUCUUCUGUCAAAUCUCUAGUCUUAACAAAGCCUGACUCACCCUGUCCCCAAGACAAUCUCAAAAAUACACAAGUCUGUCAUGAUGGAUUGUUCCCUGUAAUGCCCUCAAUAAAGACAAAACCUCUUGCAAUGUU